GACAUUGCCACUGCUGGAUUUGUCAACCAAUUUACAAUUGUCAGUGAUCAUUCGUAAGCCAUGAGAUCAACUUACAACCAACUCCCCGUUGAGGGAGGGGCCCGAAAGAGGCCAUGCAGUUCGGAUGAAUCGUUUGAGAGAAUCGACAUCGUCCCGGCAAAACCCUCCCCCCCUCAGAUAGACGGCCAGAUCUUGGAGGAUGUCCCUGUCAGCAAGCGAACUGCCCCCCUCACUGAGGAGAAGUUCUUGCAGUUUCUGGACGCCGAUGGGAGGCUUGUUGAUGAACAUGGCUUGAGGAGAACUGUAUUCUUGGGAGGUGUGGAACCCAGUAUUAGGAAGCAGGUGUGGCAGUUUGUGUUUGGCCUGUACCCCUGCACCUCCACCAGCAGAGAAAGGGAGACAAUCCUGUUGGACUACAUUGUGAAAUAUCAUGAGUUGAGACAGAGAUGGAAGACCAUGCUUGUACUGAGCUCCAGGCCAGGAUCAACUCCGCUGGAACAAGGUUUGAUUGCCAAGUACCAGACUCAGGAGGGUAACACUCCCCCGGUUAGCCCCGAGAUCUGUGCCGCCCGCCCCACCUUCGACACCUCCCCUGAGGGAAUGCACAUGGCAGCAGCGGGGGUGGUGUCUGGCCCCGUGGAUGCUGCGCUGUUGUUGGAGACGCACCUCACAGACACGUACUCCAUGGAAGAGAUUCAACAGAAACUCGAGUUCAUGAAACUACAGGCCCAGGUGUUUGUGAACCGUCACAAGAUCGACGUAGAUGAGAUGAGGACUAACAUCCGCGUGAUCGACAAGGAUGUGCCGAGAACAGACCGAGAUGUGGAAUACUUUGAGGGUAGAAGCAACCCUCAUCUCACCCAGCUGAGAGAUAUAUUAGUAACAUGUGCCGUCUACAAUCCUAAACUAGGAUAUGCCCAGGGUAUGAAUGACAUUCUGUCUCGGUUCCUCUUCGUUAUGGAGUCUGAGGUGGAGACAUUCUGGUGCUUCAAGAACUACAUGGAGAAGAUUGAGGACGACUUCUCAGAGGACGGGAUGGUGAAGAAAAUAGAUCUAGUCAGGAUGCUACUCAGUGAAGUAGACCCAGUCUUACUCCGGCAUUUUGAAGCCCAUGAACUUGGCAACCUCUUCUUUUGUCACAGGUGGUUGUUGCUGGGCUUCAAGCGAGAGUUCUCAUUCAUGGACUCCUUACGAUGUUUUGAAAUUCUCUCUAGUCAUCAUUUAGAGUUAUCUUCCCUUGAAGCGGAGAAGGCUCUCAGGAAAGAAGAGAUGUUAGAAUUUGCAAAUACAGGUGGCGACACACGGACCACCCAGAUGCCACAGAAGGAUUACACGUUCGAGGUGUUCAUGUGUGCUGCUCUGCUCAUGGAGUUCCGCGAUGCUCUGUUUGACUGUAAGGAUACUGGGAUGGUGUUCAGCUGUGUCAAUGGGUUGAAGUUUGAGCUGGAUGACAUCUUGACAAAGUCCGAGCGACUGUUUUUCAUGUAUUGCCGUAAGACUGUAGAAGACAGCUUCCAUUUAGUUGAGGAGACUCCCAAGGAAGAGAUGACUCUCCAGCAGAAGUUACUCAACAAGCUGAAGGGGAAUACACAAUAAAGAUAUGCCAUAUUUAUUAUCAGUGUGUAUCGUGUGUAUUGUGUAGAAAUGAGAACAUGUUUGUUGACAUUGUAAACACAAGCAUUGUUUGCACCCUUCAUUGAUUCCAAUUAACAUGCACAAGUUGUAUUUUAUCAUUUUUAGAAAGAUUCAAACUAACGAUAAUUGAUUCUGAUGAAUUUUCACAAUAUGCAUCGUGUGUGUAUUUGUUUGACAUAGUUCUUUUCACUAUUUCCAAAGAAUAUUCACAAAAUGUAUCGUGUGUAUAUUUGUUUGAAAGAAUUCCUGUCACAGAUUCCAGUGAAUAUUCACAAUAUGUAUCGCACAGAUUGUGUUUGUUUGAAAGAAGUCCUUUCACAGAUUUCAGUUAAUAUUCACAAUAUGUAUCGUGUGUGUAUUUGUGUUGAAAGAAGUCCUUUCACAGAUUCCAGUGAAUAUUCACAAUAUGUGUCGUGUGUGUGUUUGUUUGAAAGAAGUACUUUCACAGAUUUCAGUUAAUAUUCACAAUAUGUAUUGUGCGUGUAUUUGCUUGAAAGAGGUCUUUUCACUGAUUCCAAAGAAUAUUCACAAUAUGCAUUGUAUAUUUGUUUGAAAGUGGUCUUUUCGCUGAUUCCAAUGAAUAUUCACAGUAUGUAUCGUGUGUAUAUUUGUUUGAAAGUGGUCUUUUCGCUGAUUCCAAAGAAUAUUCACAAUAUGUAUCGUGUGUAUAUUUGUUUAAAAGAGGUCUUUUCGCUGAUUCCAAUGAAUAUUCACAAUAUGUAUUGUGUAUUUGUUUGAAAGAGGUCUUUUCACUGAUUCCAUUGAAUAUUUAACAAUAGAUCUUGUAGGUUACAAUGUCAGUUUCAUAUACAGUAAAAUUAUUUCAUUUUUUAUAUCAUUUCUCUUGCAAAUAUUGCACCAAUGUAUGCUAUUCAUCCUGUGAACAAAAUAUGUUUUAAAAUGCUAUACAAUAAUAUUUGAUAUUCUGCUCUGUUGAAGAAGUUUAAAUGUGCCUUUUGAUAUUUAAGAAGCUGUUUCACAUAUUCCAGUGAAUAUUCACAAUUUGUAUCGUGUGUGUAUUUAUUUGAAAGAGGUCUUUUCACUGAUUCCAAAGAAUAUCUACACUAUAUCACAAUAUGUAGUGUGCGUUGUAAUGAAUAUUCACACAUAUGUAGUGAAUAUUCACAAUGUGUGUUUGUAUUUGUAUUUGAAUAUUAAAAGAUAGACCUUGUAGGUAACAAUGUCAGUUUCAUAUACAGUAAAAUCAUUUUCAUUUUUCACAUCAUUUCUGUUGCAAAUAUUGCACCAAUGUUUGCUAUUCAUCCUGUGAACAAAAUAUGUUUUAAAAUGCUGUACAA